AUGGCCAACAUCCGCCCCGAAACCGACUAUUCCGCCGCCCCGACGCCCUCCUCUCACCAGGCCCCUCAGCGAGACAGACCUAAGCGAAGACGCUCGCGGGAGCCGGACUGGAGCACAUUUUAUAAAAAUGGUUUACCUAAAGAAAUCAUCGUCAUCGAUGACGAUAGCCCCGAACCCCAGACUGUUCCCUCAACACAGCGCCCCGUGAAUGGCGGCGCCUCAGACACCUACACCAAUGGCACCGGCUCAUCUCGGCAUGUAGUCAAGAAGCGAAAGCGAGAUGACGAAGCCCUCAACGUAGAAGGCGGAUACUAUGCUCAAAAAUACGCUACUUCACAUACCUCUACUCCGCACAUGAAUGGCAGCCUCUCGGCUUCCAUCUCGACUGACCGUACCACGGUCCGUACUGCUGCUGCGACCUCGCUGUCAUCCAGUUCCCAGUACGACUACGAGGUUCAACUCGGACAGAAGAGGAAGCGAACGCGGCAGCAAGUCGCCAACGAGGCCAAGCGCCGCGAGGUGGAAGUUCUCGGCGAUGCCUUCAUCAGUUACAAGCCGCCUCCCUACCCCCUAAAAAGGCUGGCGAGGUGCCUGUUCGUGUCGUCCAUGAUUCUCAAGGUCGAUGAUGACGAUGGCCACUACAUCGUUGUGCCUGAUGCCGACCUAACGGACCGAUACCAAAUGGUAAAACUCCUCGGCCAAGGUACCUUUGGUAAAGUAGUCCAGGCCCGAGACCGCCGUCGAAAUCGCCCCGUUGCCAUCAAAAUCAUACGAUCAGUUCAGAAAUACCGCGAUGCUUCGCGUAUUGAACUUCGGGUCCUUGCCACCCUCAAGGCCAACGAUGAAGAGAAUAGGAAUAGGUGUAUUCACCUCCUCCUCCACGAUUUGAACCUGAUCCACACGGAUCUAAAGCCUGAGAAUAUUCUUCUCUGUGACAAUACAUAUCAGACCUUCACCUAUAAUAGGAAGAUUCCGUCAUCAUCCACAACUGUCAGCCGCCAGGCCACUCAAAGGCGAGUUUUGCUCGACACCGAAAUUCGGUUAAUCGACUUUGGAUCCGCGACCUUCCAGGAUGAAUAUCACUCGUCUGUUGUCAGCACCCGGCAUUACCGGGCUCCCGAGAUCAUCCUAGGGCUUGGCUGGUCGUUCCCUUGCGACAUCUGGAGCAUUGGCUGUAUUCUUGUCGAGUUCUACACUGGCGAUGCUCUUUUCCAGACGCACGAUAAUCUCGAGCACCUAGCGAUGAUGGAAGCCGUCGUUGGCUCGAGGAUUGACUCGAAUCUUGUUCAGUCAGUGAACAAAAUGGCCACAAGAAAUGCCGGAAAUCCUGCUGCCAAGUACUUCAAACGACUCAAACUAGAUUAUCCCACCGCAGAAACAACGAGGGCAUCGAAGCGAUUUGUUAAGGCGAUGAAGCAACUCAACGUUGCGAAUCCUUUCCUAAAGAACUUCCUCGAUCUGCUGAAGAAGAUUUUUGUUUACGAUCCAACACGCCGUAUCACUGCUAAAGAAGCGUUACAACACCCUUGGUUCAAGGAACCCGCACAGCCAGAUGACGGGACGGAGGCGGCGAAGAUUCGUGCUGACAGGAUGCGAAUGGAAGCAGCCUCGCUUUCGUUGGAGGCCCGUCGUCUCCCUCCUAUUCGGGCAUGA